AUGGAUCUCUUCAACUCCUCGGCGUUCGCGACUCAUGUUACCGAACUCAUGAAUCAAUGGCAUGUGCCGGGUCUGGCCAUCGCUAUCGUGCAAAAUGAGACAAUCGCCUCCAAGGGUUUCGGAAAUGCAUCUCUAAACAAUAUGGUCCCAGUCACGGCAGACACGCUAUUCGAUAUCGCGUCCACAUCAAAGUCUUUGACAGCAGCGUCCGUAGCGCUAUUGAUUGCGAACAACGAUGCCUACCCACAAGUGCAAUGGAACAGUACGAUGUCAAGCCUGUUACCAGAAGACUUCAUAUUGUCUGGGAACGGCUAUACAGAAAACGUGACUCUUGAAGAUAUUCUGAGCCACCGAACUGGCUUGCCAGGUCACGACAACUCUCUCUUAAGCGUUCGUGCAGCCUAUCCGGAUACUCCUUCCUCUGUAACACGAAAUUUGCGCCAUUUGGAAGCCAGUGCCCCUGUUCGAACAAGAUUCAUGUACUCCAACAUGAUGUACACCGUUGCUACAUUCCUCGUGGAGAAGAUGAGUGACCUCUACUUUGGAGAUUUUCUGCAUAAGCACUUUUUCAGUCCACUGGGCAUGAAUUCGACUUACUUGCAGCCGAGCGCUGCGAUCGACGCUGGUUUGAAAGAUCGCAUUGCUACGCCCUACACAUGGCACAAGGUCAACAAGAGUUACAAACCAAUUCAACUACUCCAGUGCCCAGAAGGUCAAGGUGCAGGGUCGAUCUAUACCUCCGCAAAUGACUAUAUCAAGUGGGUAAGGGCAUUGAUGAACCAGGAAGAUCCCAUAUCGCAGGAGAUAUAUCGUGAUCUCAUCAAACCACGCAUUAUUGAGAACCCCGACGACGAAAUUGGCGAGUUCGGACCAAUGUCAUCGCCAACCUUCUACUCAGCAGGUUGGGAGCCGAUUUACUACCACGGAUAUAAGAUCAUUCAACACAAUGGAGUAGUCCCCGGCUUCGGAAGCUUUCACUUUUUCCUCCCAGAGUUCAAAUUCGGCGGGAUUGCUGUAGGCAACUCCAUUUGGGCAAACCCGGUCAGCACAUAUGUUCUGCUUGAACUGAUUUCUGAAGUCCUCAACCUGUCUGGUUCUGACAACAAAGCAUGGACGUUACUUUCAAAGUCCCCUGACCGCUUAUCCGACCUCAGAUCUGAGCAUGAUGACCUGAAGCAGAAGCUCUGCCCUGGCAUUGACGAAGCUCAGCCUCAGAAGACUCCGUUGACUGCAUACACAGGAAAUUAUUGGAAUGUCGGAUACCACUACAUGAGUGUGGAGAUUAGGGACAGCAUGCUAUUCAUAAAUGCAACCGACCGAUCGAACGCCUUCACGCUUACGUUCGAGCAUAUCUGCAAGCAGACGAAGUACAUUGCACACAUUCGUGAUCACUACGAGGAGUUCUUCGACGACAGCACCAUAGCAGAAUUCAUAUUUGAAGAUGGCAGAGCUGUCAAGAUGGGAAUAAAGCUUGAGGACGAGCUGGACAGCCUCGUGUGGUUCGAGAAAUUGGAGACUGCCAGUUUCACGGAUCAGAGCGAUUGCUGCGACGAGGGAGCUGUCGAAGCAAGCAGCCGAGAUUCAUAG